UGGAAAGCAAAACAAAGAACUUUCUGCAGGUUGCGUUCGACUUCGCAAGCGGCAGAAAGUGAAAUAUUCGGUGUCUUGCUUUCGCACAGAGCAAUUUAAAGGUUAGUGAAGAUCGGAGAGAUACAUCCUAUUACAACGACUGAGCCAUGAGUAGUGGACGCGGACGUACUGCCCCUCAUGAUGAGGAGAGUAUUUAUCGUAUUCCACCAUAUUAUUACAUUCAUGUUUUGGAUCAGAACACGAAUGUCACCAAGGUGGAAGUUGGUCCGAAAACCUUCAUCCGUCAAGAUAACGAAAAGGUUAUUCUUGGUCCAGAAAGAAUGAUUACAAUUCCUCCUCGGCAUUACUGUGUUGUGGAAAAUCCAGUUCUUAGGGAUAAGGAUGGGCGUGUCGUUAUAGAUUCUAAUGGACAGAUCAAACUGGGUCAUGCCGAUCAGGAUAUUCGUCUUGCUCAAGACCCAUUCCCUUUGUAUCCUGGUGAAGUUUUGAAGCAAGGUGUUACUGGUCUAAGGGUGGUUAUGGCUAACUCUGCCAUACGACUCCGUGCAAUGCUGGACUAUGAGUCUGAAUCAGGAGAGAAGAGAGUGGCUGGGGAUGAGUGGUUGUUUGAAGGGCCAGGUACAUAUAUACCAAAGAAAGAGGUUGAAGUGGUAGAAAACAUCCUUGCCACCAUUAUCCAGCCAAACCAAGCCAUCAGACUGAGGGCAAGAAAGGAAACCAAAGAUCGUGAUGAUAACUUGCGUGUUGCUGGGGAAGAGUGGCUUGUUAAAAAGAUUGGUGCUUAUCUUCCUGGUGCUUAUGAGGAAGUGGUUGAUGUUGUAAAUGCCUAUGUAUUGACUGAGAAGAAAGCUUUACAUCUGCAAUCCACACGCACAUUCAAAGAUGAUACAGGUGUUUUACGAAAGAAUGGGGAGGAGUGGUUAAUUACCAUGACAGACACAGAGGCACAUAUUCCAAAUGUCUAUGAAGAGGUUGUAGGAGUUGUUGAUAUCACAACACUGAACAACAGGCAGUACUGUGUCAUUCUAGAUCCUGUUGAUAAAGAUGGGAGGCCCCAGCUGGGGCAAAAGAGGCUAGUGAAGGGAGAGAAGUCAUUCUUCCUGUUGCCUGGUGAAAAGCUUGAGCAAGGUAUCCAAGAUGUGUUUAUUCUUGGUGAGGAUGAGGGGCUGAUUCUGAAAGCAAAUGAGGCCUUUCUUGAUGUUAAUGAAAAGGAGAAAGAGAUACCAAGACGGCCUGGUGAUCGCUGGAUGAUCCGUGGACCCAGUGAAUAUGUUCCACCAGUAGAGGUAGAAGUUGUUGCACGACGGAAAGCUAUUCCUCUGGAUGAAAAUGAAGGAAUCUAUGUGAGAGAUAUCAAGACUGGACGGGUGAGAGCUGUGUGUGGUCAAACCUACAUGUUGACCCAUGAUGAAGAACUCUGGGAGAAAGAUCUGCCUCCAACAGUUGAGCAACUUCUUACUGGGGGGAAGGAUCCACUGGCUGACCGUGGCACAAGGAAUAUGUUUUUACCACCUGAAUUGAGUUAUCAGUCUCUUUCCACCCACUGGGAUGAAAGUUCCAAGAUGGAACUAAAUCAAACUUCAUCAAGAAGGCCUGGACAAAGAGCACAAAGAGAGCCAAAAAGCAGCACUGGUAGGAAUAAAACCAGAGUUGUGACUUUUAGAGUCCCUCAUAAUGCAGCAGUACAGAUUUAUGAUUAUAAAGAGAAGACUGCCAGGGUUGUGUUUGGUCCUGAGUUGGUUAUGUUGUGCCCAGAUGAACAAUUUACUCAGCUCAGUCUGUCAGGUGGAAAACCAAAGAAACCCAAUGUUAUUAAGGCAUUGUGUCUUCUCCUUGGCCCAGACUUCUGUACUGAUAUCAUCACUGUGGAGACUGCUGACCAUGCAAGACUGCAGCUACAGCUUUCUUACAACUGGCAUUUUGAUGCUGGAGAGAGGAAGCCAAAAGAUGCAGCCAAGUUGUUUUCAGUUCCUGACUUUGUUGGAGAUGCAUGCAAAGCAAUUGCUUCAAGAAUCCGUGGUGCAGUAGCGGGUGUCCAGUUUGAUGACUUUCACAAGAACUCAGCAAAGAUCAUUCGCACUUCAGUAUUUGGCAUAGAUGACAACCACAAAAUCCGAAAUAAGUUUACUUUCCCAGCCAAUAAUCUAAACAUCACUAGUAUUGACAUCCAAUCAGUGGAGCCAGUUGAUCAACGCACACGAGAUGCUUUGCAGAAGUCUGUUCAGUUGGCCAUUGAGAUAACAACCAACUCUCAGGAAGCCACAGCAAGGCAUGAAGCAGAGAGACUUGAACAAGAAGCCAAAGGUCGCCUGGAGAGACAGAAGAUCACAGAUGAGGCUGAAGCAGAACGUGCUAGGAAGGACCUGUUAGAACUCCAAGCCCAAAGUGCUGCAGUGGAGUCAACAGGGCAAGCCAAAGCUGAAGCUCAGUCACGAGCAGAGGCAGCUCGCAUUGAAGGGGAGGCUGCAGUUCAGCAGGCAAAGUUGAAGGCAGAGGCAGCAAAGAUUGAGGCUGAAUCAGAACUACAGCGUCUGAGUAAAACUCGAGAGGCCGAGUUGAAGUACCAGCAUGAACAGAAUACUUUAGAUGUCACCAAGGCCAAAGAAAUGUCCAGCAUCGAAACUGACAAAUUCAAAAACAUGGUUUCAUCCAUUGGUUCUGAUACAAUUCAGGCAAUAGCUACAGCUGGACCAGAGAUGCAGGUGAAACUUCUACAGUCAUUAGGACUGAAGUCUACUCUGAUAACAGAUGGUAGCUCGCCUAUCAAUUUGUUCAGCACAGCACAAGGCUUGAUUGGUGCCCUUCAACAGCCUGGCUCCUCCGAGGACUUCUGAUGCAUCAUGAUUGACCGACAUGUAGCGACCUCAUCGUUUGCAUAAUUGAAUGCUGCAAGUGCAAUUAAUUUAAACAUCUUUAAUCACAUACUUUGAUAUUAGUAUUAUGAUUAAGAAUUAUUAUCAUAGUUUUGGAACAAUUAAUAUAACUGUAGUUUGCUUACUAUUAAUAGCAAAAAACAAUUGCACCAGCAAUUUAAAAAGUAAUUUUUCCAUUGUUAUAAUUAUGCCUAUUUGCAUCAUUGAAAUGAUUUACACUUGAUUUAAACUGGAAGAGUCACUUAAACUAAAAUUAAGGGAAAAGAAAUGCAGGAGAUGGACGUGCAUUAACUAUGACAAACUUGAAAAAAUUCAGCCCUAAUUUGACAUGUUUCUUGCCUUGUAUUUAGUUCCCUAACAGAGUCAAAAUUAGUCUUUGUUUUACACCCUGGAACUAUGAAUUCAGUAGCUAACUCUGAAACUCUAAACAUGCCACAAAUAAUUUUCUGGGUAUUCAAAUUCAAGUGAAAAAAAAAAGAGAGAGGAAGAAGUUAUGUGCCUUAACCGCACAAUAAGAGAUCCUCUCUAAUGUUGACUUUCCACAGACCUUUUCACUAUUGUUUUCUUGUGGGUUCCUCAGUGCAUCGAAUUCUCAAUAUCCUGAUGCAUCUGGUAAUUCUGAGAUAAAAGGUGCUGUAAAUCUUUAGAGAAGCACCAUUUAACAAAAGCGAAUGUAAUGUUGUUAAGAAUCUACUGAAAAGAUUUCCAUUUCAUGCACUUCGUUUUCUCUGGAUGUAAUAACAUUCCUUAGUGAAUUAAGAUAUAUUACGACUGAUUUCCUACAAUAAUUAAUAAAUUUGUCACUAGCC